UGCAAGAGAGGUCUGAAUGAAAUACGGGACAAAUUAUAUAGAUUUUUUUCUUCUAAAUUAGUGGCGUUUGAUGUUCGGUUGCGAGACAAAGGGCCAAAAUCCAGGACUCAUAGUCACACUUCAAUUAAUAAAUUGAAAGUACUGGAUAUGUUCAGCAAAACAUAUCGCAGGUUUGGCCAGUCUCAUCCACACGCGCUUUCAUAUGAUUGACAGCGAUCAUCAUGCGCGAGAGGCUAACUACUGGUAACAAUGGCCUAGUUAGCCACCGAACGUGCUCGUUCAGGCAGGCAUCAUAUCUGAUAUUUUCACAACACAACGAGAACAAAUGUAACUAGGGUGACUAGCCAAGUUAGCUAACUAUAUGAAGUUAGUAAAAAUACCAAUACUUUGGGGUAAUCCGCCUCAGGUUUUUUUGAACUCGGCUUGAAUGAUGGAUCACAAAAUUGAGCGAAGUCCGGCUACCAAUGGGACAGACACCGCGGAAUGGGGUCUUAGAAAAGCUAAACUUGUCGUGGCAGUUGCCAUAAUAAAGAGUACACCUCCCGGGAUAAGUGGUCGGAAGCAUGCAGAACAUUUGGCCAACAAGCUGAAUAGCCAGACUGAGGCCUGGAAGACCAAAGCUCAGAGGCUGCAGGAGGAAGUGCUCAGAAUGCGUCAAAAGCUCCUUCUCACCCAGAUGCUCUCAAAGCCAAAGAACACCAGUGGAACAGAAGCUGGUGGAGAUGGCUUCAUGGACCUGCUCUCUCAGGACUUCAUGGGGCCGGGCUUGGUGAAAGAUCCGCUCAACUCAGACAUGGACUCCGGCUGUGGGAUGGAGAACAACACAGAGACACUUCUGCCCACUCAAGACUCUGCAGAACCCAGUGCCCAGCCCGCCUUCCCACCUGUCACCACCACACCCCCCCAGAUCCCAUUCUCCAGCCUGUGUGAGGCAGACCCUCGUGGGAAGGCCAUGCUGCUCCACAUGCAGUUUCUCCAGAGCCUGUGUGGGCUGAACAGGGUGGAGUGGGAGGCAAUGGGUGCGGAGGCUGGAGGGUUUAGCCUGGACAGGGACAAGGACAGGUCCGUGGUGGCAGACUCGGUGUGCCAGCUGCUGUCCUGUGUGGUGUCUGCUAGUAGGGAUGACAGACCCCUGCCCCCACGCUCACUGCUCCUGCAGGCGUCCCGGGUGGUGGCCCAGGCAGUGGAUCACUGGCUCUCCCACAGACAGCCCUCCCAGCUAUUUGUGACAGGCAUGGAAGAUUCCCUGAAAGAGCUCACUGAUGUUCUAUUACGCAACGGCCAGCUCAACAGGUUCCAGGUUCAGGAGAGGCUGACGGAGUGUUUGAUCCUGCUGGGAGGGAGCAACUUGCUUAGGUCCCUGCUCAUCCGUCAUGUGCUGUCUGAGAUCAACAGGCUGGCAGAACACCUCUGGAUCACCUGCCAGGGGGAAAGCAGCGAGGGGCCCGGCCAGUUUGACAUAUCCCUGUAUGAGAACUCCUUCUAUCUGUUCUGGCUCCUGGAGCAGCUCCUUCAGGUCGGACAAGAACCUCCAGGGGCCACAGGGGGAACUGGGCACCACUGGAGCCCAGAGCAGAGGGCCCUUCUGGGCCGGCUGGAGCAUAGCGUCUUGCUCCUGUCCGAUGAUUUCCCUCUGUACUCCCUCUACAUGUGGCGAAUAGGGGCUCUCCUCUUCCCCUCCGACAUCAACAACACCCAGACCUGAGACUGGCGUUCCAGGAACGAACGCGGCACCGCCACACGCGUGUAAUUCCACCUCCAGAUCUUUCUACUUCAAAGGGCUGCAGAAGUUGGUGCAGUUAGUCAAGGAGGAUUUGACUAACUUAGCAGGAAUCAAAAGACAGGACUUGACAGGACUGGAGAAUGAGGUGGUGGCUCCAUUUGAUACUCUCCCCGGAAGAAGAAUCUAAAAAUAGUGUUGUGGCUCGUAUAGUAAGCUAAACCAAUUAUUAUUGUGUGGCAAUGUGAGAAAGACUACAGUGGAUGACAUUAGAAAAAAAGCAUUACAUUUUUAAUUCGUUUUUAUUUACAGACUGUAAAUGUAGAAUUAACAUGCUGAGUAUUGUAUGAGCAGCUAUUUAUAGGAACAUAUUACUGUAAGGAAGGAAUGUACAGAAUGUUUGUGCUUAGACAUCCACGUUUUAAUUUGUUGAUUCUAUUAGCAACAUUUUUACUAACAGGACUUGAAUAGAAGAAAAGCCUAAAUGUUUUGUAUUCCAGAUUUUCCCCUUUCACUUUACAGAUUAAAGUCCAUGUAAAUAUUUUGGAUUUUAGACUUUGAUUUAUUAGACCUGUUUAUGGAAGUAUUAGCUGAUAUAUUUAACAUGUUGUAAUAAAAAUAAGUCUGCCAUUUUAAAAGCAACAUCCUGCUCCUUACCUGAUCUUUCCAAAAUAUUUGUAUUUUACGUCGCUCUAUUGUCAGAUUUUUAAUAUCUCAAACAGAAGGGCCCUGGACUGGGAUUCUACUAAGCUAACAUAUGGAAUUGUUUUAAGAUGGUAAUACCAACAAACAUUUAGCAUGAUUUCUUUAAUGUUUUAUGAAUAAUUUCAUAAAACACUGAAUUUGGCCUAACUGCUAUUAGCCUAUAGAAACACAUUGAAUAACAUUCAUACAUGGCAAAACAGAUAAAAUGAUACAAAAAUGUAUAAAAUUGAAGUUUGUUUUGAAGUGUCUGUCCUAAAUCUGAGAUAUAUAAAAAAUAAAAGCUCAGGAAUUUAGUAUAUCUAUUUUUUUACACAUUUUUAACCCUUUUUUGGGCACUUAAGUUCUUCCAUAUUCAUUCAAAAUGUAUUUACCCCUUGACUUAUUCCACAUUUUGUUGUGUUACUGCCUGAAUUUUUUUUUUUUUAAAUAGAUUCGCUCUCACCCAUCUAGACACAAUACCCCUUAAUGACACAUUGAAAACAUGUUUGACAUUUUUUCAAAUAUAUUGAAAAUGAAAUGCAUAUGUCUAAUUUACAUAAUUAUUGACACCCCUGAGUCAAUACUUUGUUGAAGCACCUUUGGCGGAAAUUACAAUCUCUAAGAGGAUUGUACAAUAUUUGCCCAUUGUUCUUUAAAAAAUUAUUCAAGCUCUGCCAAGUUGAUUGUUGAUCAUUGCUAGACAGCACUUUUCAAGUCUUGACAUAGAUUUUCAAGCCAAUUGAAGUCAAAUCUAACUAGGCCACUCAGGAGCAUUCAAUGUCAUCUUGGUAAGUCCAGUCCAGUGUAGAUCUGUCCUUGUGUUUUAGGCUAUUGUCCUGCUGAAAUAAUUAAUCUCCCAGUGUCUGUUGGAAAGCAGACCGAACCAGGUUUUCCUCUAGGAUUUUGCCUGUAGCUAUAUUCCUUUUAUUUUUAUCUGCCCAAAAAUUCCCUAGUCCUUGCCAGCGACAAGCAUACCCAUAACAUGAUGCAGCCACCAACAUGCUUGAAGAUAUGAAGAGUGGUACUCAGUGAUGUAUUGUCCUGGAUUUUUCCCCCAAACAUAACGCUUUGUAUUCAUGACCAAAAGUUAUUUUCUUUGACACAUUUUUUGCAGUAUUACUUGCUUUGUUGCAAACAGAAUGCAUGUUUGGAAUAUUCUUAUUCUGCACAAGCUUCCUUCUUUUCACUCUGUCAUUUAAGUUAUUAUUGUGGAGUAACUCCAAUGUUGUUGAUCCAUCCACUGUUUUCGCAUAUCACAACCAUUAAACUCUGUAU